ACAAUAUUACUGAAAGUGUGAGGGCCCCUUGAAGCUAGAUUCUUAAUCUCGUUGGUCUGGAUUUUCCAGUGAGCUAAAUUAAAAUUUAGUAUUGAGAUCACUGGAAUUUUCGUAGAACGAAUAUCUUUGACGAACUUUAGUUUGUGUUGUAUUUAUGUUUACAAAGUUCACGUGGUGAAAACAUAACUUGUUUUACUUUCAUCUGGAAGCAGGAAAGGUGCAUAUUAUGAAAAUUCUUCAUUUUUGAAAGUGAAGCUUCACAAAGGAAUGACUGGAAUGAAAGUGGAGGGAAGGGAAGGAACUGAGAACCCCAUGAACACUGAUGAUAAUGUAGUGACGAAUUCCUAUAAACUACUUGAUGAAGUUGCUGUUUCCUUGGAACAGAAGUGUAUUCUCCAUAUUUGUGGCCAAAGGUCCGGAAAAUCGGUGGCACUCGGUCUCUCAGACUACUCACUAGCAUUGUAUGAUGUCUGUAAUCUGCACCGUGUUUGUAGUUUCCCUGCUCAUACAAGCACAAUUACAGAUGUAAAAUUUUCAUCAAAGAAUGAGCACUUGCUUUACUCAUCAUCACUAGAUGGCACUGUAAAAGUUCAUGAUCUUCGAAGCAAGACCUGUGUUGCUGAAUUGAAAGAUGAUUCAGAAGGUCCAUCAAUGUUAAAACCAAUAUCAAGCUUUGAUUUCUCAUCUGAUGAGAAUUUUGGAAGUGCAGGAACAGAGUUGUUUGAUGGAGAUGCGUUUGUGCUGUUCUGGGAUAUUCGUACAUCUAAAUUACUUGGUGGUUACUGGGAGUCACAUACAGAUGAUAUAACUCAGGUCCGAUUUCAUCCAGAAGAAAAAAACAAAUUAGCAACAGGCUCUGUUGAUGGUAUUAUAAAUGUAUUUGAUAUCAGUAAACAGUGUGAAGAUGACGCCCUUGAAUACUGUCUCAACACAGAGUCAUCUAUCGACAAACUACACUGGUUUAGAGGCAUGGAUAGUACCUUUAAUAUAUCAUGUAUAACUCAUACAGAAGAACUGCAGCUGUGGGAAAUUGAUGGUGCUUCUCCUUUCGCACACUUUACGAGAGAAGAUAUUGCAGGUAUUUUGAAGGAUGACACUGUUGACAACACAUAUUUGGUCAACUCACACAACCAAGAAGAUGGUGGUCUCUUAAUAAUUGCAGGAUACUCUUCACUAAAAAGACAGGAUCUAUCAGCAUUUUCACUAAAGAAGCCUGAUAUGACUUCAGUGUAUAGCGUUUCAAGCAUGAAUGGAAACAAGCAAGAGGUUCGUGGUAGUUGGUAUAAUGCAAAGGAUCAAGUUUUAUUAACGGGCGGAGAAGGUGGUUUCCUUAGUUUGUGGACACGUGACGAUGAAUCUAAUACUGGCCAUCAAACAAAGCAUUUUAAAAUGAAACACAAGAGCAAGUCAAAGCCAUAUCAACGUGAGUAGAAUGCCUGAAAGAAAAGCAAUUUAAUAUAUUUAAAAAAAAGACUGUUUUUAUUUGUUUAAUCCUAGCUGUCAAAUCCUGACAAAAACAGCUCUGCUUGACAGUUUCUAAUUUUAUGCAAGAUGUACAGAUUAUGUAAUUGAAUUAUAAAUA